AGGGUAAAUGCUCAGUAGCCUCAUUUCACAGAGUGGGAACCGAGCCUUAGUGAUCCACUCAGAUUGGAACUUGGUCCGAGUUGGAGCUUUGCAUAAAACAGGGCUGAGGUUCGAAGGAGAGGACGCUGUCCGAUUGCUCUACAAUUUCUGGGAAGCCUUGCUAUCACCUCCCCCAACCCAACAGCACCACCCUCCUGGGUCCAGUGGGACCCACAGCCACCAAGCAAAGAAAGUCCCUGCCAUGAACCCAGCCACAGAGUAGGCGGUGUGGCCGGCCAGGAGCACCCGGGUGUAGCAGAAGUCUAGCCGCUUCUUUUUUUGAUAGCUGGGGACUCUGGAGCCCCAUGUCCAUCACCUCACAGGAAGCUGAGCAUUUCCUACUUGGCCGAACCCUUGAAACUCCAGUGCAUAAAGACACUACAAGGCAAACCCCUUGGAGCCAGGGGCAGGCCAGGAUGGAGAGCUUCACCACCACAGAGGACUACAGCCUGACCACUGAAUACGACUAUGCAGGCUCAACUCCAUGCCAGAAGGUGGCUGUGAAGGCCUUCGGGGCCCAGCUGCUGCCACCUUUGUACUCUCUGGUGUUCAUCAUCGGCGUGGUGGGCAACAUCCUGGUGGUCUUGGUCCUCAUGAAGUUCAAGCGGCUCCGAAGCAUGACCAGCAUCUACCUGCUCAACCUGGCAGUGUCGGACCUGCUCUUCCUCUUCACGCUUCCCUUCUUGAUCCACUACAUCCUGAAGGACACCUGGGUCUUUGGCCACGCCAUGUGUAAGCUCCUGUCUGGACUCUACUACGUGGGCUUGUACAGUGAGAUCUUCUUCAUCAUCCUGCUGACUAUCGAUAGGUACCUGGCAAUUGUCCAUGCUGUGUUUGCCCUUCAAGCUCGGACAGUCACCUUUGGCAUCAUCACCAGUGUUGUCACCUGGGUCCUGGCUAUCUUGGCUUCCAUCCCAGGCUUGUACUUUUCCAAGGCCCAGUGGGAGAUCACUCGCCACACCUGCAGCCUCUACUACCCCAAUGAAAGCCUGAAGGCCUGGCAACGUUUUCAGGCUCUGAAGCUGAACCUGCUGGGAUUCAUCUUGCCGCUGGUGGUCAUGGUGAUCUGCUACACGGGCAUCAUCAACAUCCUGCUCCGCAGGCCCAACGAGAAGAAGGCCAAAGCCGUCCGACUGAUCUUCACCAUCAUGAUCAUCUUUUUUCUCUUCUGGACCCCAUACAACCUGGCUGUGUUUGUUUCUGCUUUCCAGGAGCACAUGUUCACCAACUUCUGUGAGCAGAGCAGGCAGCUGGACCUGGCCCUGCAGGUGACAGAGGUAAUCGCCUACACGCACUGCUGUGUCAACCCGAUCAUCUAUGUGUUUGUGGGCGAGAAGUUCCGGAAGUACCUGCAUCAACUGUUCCAGAAGAAUGUGGCUGUGCACCUGGCCAAAUGCCUACCCUUCAUCGCUGGAGACCGUCUGGAGAGGGCCAGCUCCACGUCUCCAUCCACCAGUGAGCAUGAGCUCUCUGGUGUGUUCUGACUCAGAGGCAUACAGGCCAAUGUGAGUCGCAGUGGGAGUGGCCUGCAAGGCUGGCCACCAGGGCAGGGAGAGGAAGCCACAUUACUACCCUCACCAGAUUCGCACACCCUGCACAGCCUACAUGGAAACACAGCCAUUGGUACAGAGGACGCUCAAAUUUGGUCUCAACUCAGUCACCUAUGGCUUCAACCUGGCCAAGACUCCCCUUGGUAGAGAGGGACAAAUGGGUGAAAUGGGACAGUGCAGAGACUGAGCGUGUGGUCUCCAAGGAAUGGCGUGGGUCCAAACAGGAUGCCCAGUCUGGGAGCACUGCCAUCUGUAAAAAUCCCCACUGUAGCAGCUCUGAUGAACUUGAAAAUGGUAUUUUCCAUGCUGAAGCCCUGCUGAGUCCUAGAGACAGCAUAGCCACCUUCCCCAUUUCCCCAUCUUCCGGAGACUCUGAGAACACAGAACUCAGGAUGGUCAGCUUGACAGGGACUGGGAAAUGGUACAGGGGAGGAGCCGUUGGCAGUGAAUAAAGGGAGACAGCUGGCCAGGAAGAUGCCUGCCUGGCAGGUGGGCAAACAGCUCUCUGUCCUGAGAAGAGGAGAGGCCCUGAGUGAGACACCCAAGCUGUCCUUGCCUGCCCAGCUCCAACCAAGGACCCUGUUCACCAUCUUUGUCUCCCUCCCUCCAGAUGUAUAGGUCUUUAAAAUUCCUGUUCUUAACACCAAAAAGUGUAUUGGGAACAGCCCAAAAACACCAAGAAGAAAGAAACAAGCACUGAAGCCAUCAAAGUCUCACCCCCAACACCCACUGUGUAUUUGGACAUGUUUUCAUUCCGUUGUUCCUUCUGAUGGGACUGGAACCCAGCGGCCCUUGGUGCUGCUCAUGGCUCUGCUGCUGUGUUUAAGAGCAGGAUGUUGCCUUCGCUUUCCCAGUGAAUAAAUCAUUUCAAAAUCA